AUGCAGACUGCUUCUACAAACAUUUGUGAAAGAAUGGCAAUAAGUCCAUCUGUGAAAUUUCCUUGCUACUAAAUAUUCCACAGUCAACUGUUAGUGGUAAUAUAACAAAGUGGAAGCAACUGAGAACAGCAGCAACUCGACCAUGAAGUGGUAGGCCACGUAAAAUGACAGCAUGAGGUCAGCGCAUGCUGAAGCGCACAGUGCACAGAAGUCGCCAACUGUCUGCAGAGUCAAUAGCUAAAGACCUCCAAACUUCGUUUGGCCUUCAGAUUAGCACAACAACAGUGUGUAGAGAGCUUCAUUUAUUGGGUUUCCAUGGCCAAGUAGCUGCAUGCAAGCCUUACAUCACCACAAUGCAAAGUGUGGGAUGCAGUGGUAUAAAGCACGCCACUGGACUC